UUUGACCUAAAGUCAUCACUUCCGGUUUGAAGACGGCAAUCGAUGAUCAUAUGAUUUAGUGCAUUGAAGCAGGAAAAGUAGUCUUCAAAAUGGAUUAUCAGCCAGAAAAACCAUCUACUAAACAGAUGGGGAUAUCUAUAUUCCCUGUUUAUUUCAUUACGCUAUUGCUGGGAUCUCUAGCAAUACUUAUCAUCGCAUUUUAUUAUAUGUUAACUGGCAAAGGAACAAGGGUAGAUUUUGGCUGGUUCUUUGAAAAAACAUCUCCUUACAUGUGGGCGUCAUUUGGAGUUGGUUUUGCUAUUGCAUUUUCGGUUGUAGGUGCUGCAUGGGGUAUAUUCACAACUGGUGCUAGUAUACUGGGAGGGGGAGUGAAGGCCCCCCGCAUCAAAACCAAGAACCUGAUCAGCAUUAUCUUCUGUGAAGCUGUAGCUAUUUAUGGAAUCAUCAUGGCUAUUAUCAUUGGACAAAAUAUUGGAGCAUUUGACAUGGAGAAAGACUCUGAACAAGUCAUUAGAGACAGCUAUGAUGCAGGUUUCCGUAUGUUUGCGGCUGGACUGACUGUUGGCGUGUCCAACAUUGCCUGUGGUAUCACAGUGGGAAUCGUCGGCUCUGGGGCGGCCCUAGCUGAUGCUCAGAACUCCACAUUAUUUGUCAAAAUCCUGAUCUUGGAAAUCUUUGCUAGUGUUAUUGGUCUCUUUGGUGUCAUUGUUGGUAUUUUACAGAUUGUUGGAAUAAAGAUGGGGUCAGACUAGAAGAAAGGACAAAUGAGCUCAGAUACAAAUUAUUUAUCAAUCUUUAAUAUAUAAAACAUGACAUAUACCUACCUAUAUUGUGAGGCCUGCACUGCUUCAAGUGAUGCCCUGAUUCUAGUCUUCAGGAACAAGUCUAGACUGUUUUAAUUAUGAGUCAUUGUAUGAUAUUGUAGAAAUGUUGUUGAUCAAGAUGUUAGAUAGACAUAAUCCAGAACACAUUCCACAUACAUAAUCAGAAACAUUUUGUAGUAGUGAACUGGAGUUAUCGAUAGUUACUUUAUAUUUGCUUCCUUACAGUUGUGCAUCUCAUUAUGGUUUCACUUAGAAGUCCCACUAGUAUUCAAUCAAUUAUAGUUCAGUUAUGGGUAAAUUGUUAAAAGUAUUACUCUGAGGAGGGUUUUUUUUUUUUACUGGUAUAGUUUAUUGAGAAUUUGUGAAUAAUUUUCCUAUAAUUGUAAAAAGAAAUAUUUGUACAGAGUGAUGAAACAGAGCAUGGAUUGCUGUUUUGUGUUACUAUUUAGUACCCAUCGUCGCAGAGUCAAAUAUUUCUUUGGGUUUAUGUAACAGACUUGUUAAAAGUUCUAGUUACGGUUGGAAAUCUUGUAUAUAAAAUAUCUUGUAUAUGUAAUAAAUUCUUACAGUCA